GCUCAUUUUAUUAUGAAUAAUAUUGAGAGUUGCAAUGCAACUUAUAACUACUUUUCUUUAAAACUUCCUCCUAUUAAGUCCGUAGAGUGACCAGUAACAAAUCCCCUAGGCUGGUACUACGUGUCAAGUGUGUGACGACGACUCGUAGGGUAAGUCCUAGCCUAAUAAUAGUAUUUUCCCCCAUAAAUGGUACUUGUUUGUGGAAGAUCAAAUUAAAGCAAGAAUGUAUAUUAGUGGUAUUAUCCAAAGGAUGAGGAUAAUCGUAUCUGUGAUCAUGUACUACUACUUAUUUCCAGCUGAUUCAAGCUGCACAUAUGGCUGUCCCUUAGCUUUAGCUUCAUAUUCAUACAGUUAUUAUGGUACUAUUAAUUAUGAUGAGCUGAAAGAAGUGGCCAGAUUAGCCGCCCAGCAUUUCUCUAACAUAUCUGCUUCUGAAAUCCUUAGUUACCCUACUUCCAUAGAGCAUGGGUGGGACGGUCUUGACACGACGAUUUAUAACAUACCCUUCAGCUGUGACUGCCUUAAUGGCGAGUACUUGGGACACGUCUUCCCAUACACUGUUUCCUCUGGGGAUUCUUAUGGUUACAUAGCGGAGCACAGAUAUUCCCAUUUGAUAACUGCUGAGUGGUUGAUGUGGUUUAACAAUAACCGGGCAGUAACAUUGAUGGUCAUAGUGAAUUGCUCCUGCGGGAAUGAACAUGUGUCCAAGGAUUAUGGUUUGUUUAUUACGUAUCCAAUGAAGCCAGGAGAAAAUUUGAAGUCUAUCGCGUUGAAUACAAAUACAAGCUCCGAGUUGAUCCAAAUGUACAAUCCAGGGUUGAAUUUCAGCGCUGGCACGGGUCUGCUCUACAUUCCAGGCAGAGAUAAAUUUGGGAACUAUCCACCUAUGCCAACCAGCAAAGGUUCAUCAGGUAAAUCUAUUACUGGAAAGGCAGUAGCGCCACUAGCUGCAGUAGCUGGAGUUACGUUACUCAUAUGGAUCAUGUACGUGGGAUUUUAUAGAAAGAAGGAACAAAAGGUUGUGCCACACAUCUCAGCAUCUGCUGUUCAAUCGCAUGCAUCUGGUCAGGGCCUUUUUGGCGUAGCCAUUGACAAAUCUGUGGAGUUCUCAUACAAAGAACUUGCUAGGUCGACUAAUGGCUUUAGCGUUUCUAAUAAGAUUGGAGAAGGUGGCUUUGGAGCUGUUUAUUAUGCUGAGCUGAGAGGCAAGGCAACAGCAAUAAAGCAAAUGAAUAGGCAAGCAAAAACUGAAUUUCUUGCUGAACUGAAAAUUUUGACGCGUGUUCAUCACCUGAACCUGGUGUGCUUGAUAGGAUAUUGUGUGGAGAGGUAUCUCUUCCUUGUAUAUGAGUACAUUGACAACGGUAAUCUAAGCCAACAUCUACGCGGGAAGGACACACUGCCAUGGUCAACGAGGGUGCAAAUUGCACUAGAUUCUGCCAGGGGUCUUGAAUAUAUACAUGAACACACCGUUCCUUUCUAUAUCCAUCGUGAUAUUAAAUCAGCAAAUAUCCUGAUAGACAAAAACUUCCAUGCAAAGAUUGGAGAUUUUGGCUUAACGAAACUGGUUGAAAAUGGAAAUUCAAUUAUAUCUACACGUUUUAUGGGUACAUUUGGAUACAUGCCACCAGAGUAUGGUCAUUCAGGAAUUGUCUCAACUAAAAUAGAUGUCUAUGCUUUUGGCGUCGUCCUUUAUGAAAUAAUUUCAUCCAAGGAAGCGAUAGUCAAGGAAGAUGAUGUAGAUGAAGCAAGAAGCCUUGUUGCUUUGUUUGGAGAAGCUCAUGAUCAUCCAAAUUCAAUUGAAGGCAUUUCCAGAUUGAUAGACCCGAAACUCAAAGAUAACUACCCGUUUGAUUCAGUCCACAAGAUGGCACAGCUUGCUAAAGCAUGUACAGAGAAAGAUCAUGAGAUGCGGCCGACUAUGAGAUCAGUAGUGGUUGCACUUAUGGCGCUCUCAUCAUCCACAGAGAACGGAUAAUUUAAAGUACGAUUGCGGGAGUUACGAUAUUGUAUAUUGUAUGAUGAUAAUUUUUCGCGGUACUUUUGAAUAUUGAAGUUACAGAACUUACCAACAACAUCCAGGUAUUGAUUAAAACAAGUGAAAUUGAACAGUUAAGUGACAGAAGUCCUGGUAACCAAAACCUGGUAGACAUUUUUCAAUAAAAAAAAUUUUCACCUAAAA